CAGUGAAAUGAAAGGUGGAGCUGGGGAAAGUAGUUUGACACAGAAAUGUGAUGCCUGCCUGUUGGAAAUUCAGGUGCAUGAGAACUCUUGUCUCUGAUCCCGCAAAGACAUCUCCCAAAAACGGUCCAGUCUAUAAGGCUGCUCAUAGCUUGCACAUUUGUUCCUUGGCAUUUUCUCUAGGAUCCAGACCAGUCCUGUGUGUAACUGCCAGCAAAGCCAGCACAGCAAAACUGAGAAACAUUACAGUUGUAGAUCUGAGACAACGGUUAGUUCUAAACUUGAGUGAAAUCCAAAGAACAUUUUCAAAAGAAAAAGUAUUGAAGUUUAGAAGUUUGUAAUUGCAAUUAGACAUCAAGCCUAGGAAAACCAGCAGGAGAAUAAAGCGGUACACACAACCUAGUUAGUUAUUCGUCAUCUCCAUGGAGUUUAGUCUAAGGGAACCACGGUGAACAGGGGUCAGCAGGCUGCAAAAUAGAAAAUUGUAUAUAAUUUACAGUGGUUCUCUGGGAAGGUUGACGUAUGGGGAAGAGGAACUGCUGGUGCAGGAACAGGGUAGAAGACAGGCAGCUGCCCGCACGGCUAGGAAACGGGGACACUUUCUCGCCUUUUUCCUUGCCAGGGGAGGGUGAUCCGGUCCGGGUUUUGCAGGCGACUCUCCCUUGACUGCCUGCCCUGCCCGCCUGGAGACCGAGUCCGCUCCGUGCCCGCUCCCCCUUUCCCUACCCGGGCGGGCCGGGGCGGGUGGCCGCGGGCUCCAGGCCGGGUUUUGCGCGACGCCCGCCCUCCUGUUAGAAAUAGGAAAAUUCAAUAAUCAAAGCAAAGGGGAGCGCGAGGAGGAAAAAUCCGGGAUCAGGGCAAGUUUGAUGGCGCAUGCGCUCUGCUGCCUCCAUCCCAAACACACACACAUUUCCAUUGACUUGGAAAGUCAACCAAAGCAGCCCCAAGUGCAGGGAAAAGAGACUUCACCAAGUGAAGGGAGGCCAUCUAAUUCACACUGUCUUCACCUGAGACCACCUCCAAAACAAAGAGCCUGACUUCUCUCCUGCCUUUGCACACUGAAAUGGACCUUGAAGCCGGUGACUUCUCAAUGCAAGAAUGAAGUGAAUUUAGAGCUAAAAACGAGGCAAGAAACAAGGCCCUGAAAUCUCCGAAAGGUAGGAGAGCCUUCAGACUGCGAUGGGCAGUUACUGGCAUUGCUGUAGAGACAUCCUGAACGACGUGUUGGAAAAGGAAGUGCACAGGACAGUCUUUCUGCAUUGUGAACAUAUUUGAGACCCCCAUGCAAAGCUGUGCUCUUUUCUGACUCCAAGUCUCCUCAGACAUGGCCGAGGAAAAUGCAUCUGAAAGAACUCUAUGCACUGACGCAGCCUCAGGAAAACCCGCGAUGGCUGCCAAGCGCAAAGGCGGCCUGAAGCUGAAUGCCAUCUGCGCCAAGCUGAGCCGCCAGGUCGUCUGCGAUCACGCGGGCGCCGAGCAGGCACGGGCGGACAGGGGACAGCAUGACAGCAGCAGCAAGGAGCUGCCCCAGCCCGGCGCCAAGGAGCCGGGCACGGAGUUUGCAGAUGGACUCAGCCGCGUGCAGAAGAUCGAGGAGGACAAGAGGAGGGAGGUGAUCGAGAAGUGGGUGAACGGGGAGUACAACGAGGAGCCGCUGCUGGGGCGAGCAGAGGGCAGAGAGGGCAAGGGCACCGAGAGCGCGGAGCUGCCGCCCGAGGGAGUGUACAUGGUGCAGCCCAAGGGCUGCAGCGACGAGGAGGACAACGGCGACGAGGCUGACGCCCUGAGGGCCUCGCAGGACGGCAGCUUCUUGGAUGACAGGGAUUCAGACGGGCCAGCCAAGGACGAUGCCUACCAGGCCUCCAGCGGCGAGCUGGGCUCCAAGCUGGGGGCAGGAGCCACCUCAGGGGAAGCAUCCUCGCUGCGGGACUACGCUGCCACCACCAUGAACGAGUUCCUGGGCAUGUUCGGCUACGACGAGCAGAACAUGCGGGACGAGCUGGCGCGCAAGAUCAGCUUCGACAAGCUGCACGCUGCCCCCGCGGAGGCCGCGGCCCUGCCCGGCGAUGACGCCGCAGGCAAGCGCGCCCGCUUCUCCAAGUAUGAGGAGUACAUCCGCAAGCUGAAGGCCGGCGAGCAGCUCUCGUGGCCCGUGCACCUGGCCAAGGCGGAGGAGCUGGGCUCCAAACUGGGCAAGGAACCGUGCUCAGUGCUGGCCCAGCCCGGGCGCGGGCCGGGCCCCGACACCUCCAUGCUGACCGAGACCAAAGCCACCAUCCUGCCUCUGCCCUCCCCCGGCAGCUCCCAGAUGCAGGGCCUCAUGUCGCGGGCCUCCAAAUACGACUUCUUCAUUCAGAAGCUGAAGACGGGCGAGAGCAUCAGGCCACAAAACGGCAACACCUACAAGAAGGCCUCCAAGUACGACCUCGAAAACGUCAAGUACUUGCACCUCUUCAAGCCUGGGGAGGGAAGCCCAGACAUGGGAGGAGCCAUCGCCUUCAAGACAGGCAAGGUUGGCCGGCCCUCCAAGUAUGACGUGAGGAACAUCCAGAAGCUCACUCCAGUGAAAGCUGUAGUGCCCAGCCUGGCCCCCACCUCCCUCGCCAGCACCCCCAGCAGCACUCCCGUGGCCGGGCCAGAGCAGUCCAUCUCAUUGCCAUUCAACACUCCUGAGUACCUGAAAUCAACUUUCUCCAAGACAGACUCCAUCACAACUGGAACAGUCUCUACAGUAAAGAAUGGAUUACCCACUGACAAACCAGCUGUCAGCGAAGAUGUAAAUAUUUACCAGAAGUACAUUGCCAGGUUCUCUGGCAGCCAGCACUGUGGCCACAUCCACUGCGCCUACCAGUACCGAGAGCACUACCACUGCCUGGACCCCGAGUGCAACUACCAGAGGUUCACCAGUAAACAGGACGUGAUCCGGCACUACAACAUGCACAAGAAGCGGGACAACUCCCUUCAGCACGGCUUCAUGCGCUUCAGCCCCCUGGACGACUGCAGCGUCUACUACCACGGCUGCCACCUCAACGGCAAGAGCACCCACUACCACUGCAUGCAGGUGGGUUGUAAUAAGGUCUACACAAGCACCUCUGAUGUGAUGACCCAUGAGAACUUCCACAAGAAGAACACACAGCUCAUCAACGAUGGGUUCCAGCGGUUCCGUGCCACCGAGGACUGCGGCACUGUGGAAUGCCAGUUCUACGGGCAGAAAACCACUCACUUCCACUGCAGGAGACCUGGUUGCACAUUCACCUUCAAGAACAAGUGUGACAUUGAGAAGCACAAGAGCUACCACAUCAAAGAUGAUGCCUAUGCCAAGGAUGGCUUCAAGAAGUUCUACAAGUACGAGGAAUGCAAGUACGAGGGCUGUGUCUACAGCAAGGCCACCAACCACUUCCACUGCAUCAGGGCAGGCUGUGGCUUCACCUUCACCUCCACCAGCCAGAUGACUUCCCACAAGCGCAAGCAUGAGCGCCGGCACAUCCGCAGCUCGGGGGUGCUGGGGCUGCCCGCCUCGCUCCUGGGCUCCAAGGACAACGAGCAGGAGGAGUCCAGUAACGAUGACCUCAUUGACUUCUCUGCCAUGAGCUCCAAGAACUCCAGCCUGAGUGCCUCCCCGACCAGUCAGCAGUCUUCCGUUUCUCUCAUCGUCCCAGCUGCACCCUCCUCUGCGGCUGAGCUUGCUUCCUCGCAGGCCACCAAGUCUGCCAACAGCCUGACACCAGCCUCAAAGAUCUCUGGCCUGCUUUCCCAGGCCCUUCCCAGCAAUAUACCCUUGGCCCUAGCACUCUCCAACUCAGCGCUUCCUGGAGCAGCUGGAUCCUUCUUUCCCAUCAUCCCCAGCCGAGUCUCUACACCCCUUCCUGCCAGCUCGGCUAAUCUGAUGGCUGCUGGCUCUGGCACCAAUCCAGCAUCGUCUGCUCCUGCAGAUUCCUCAUCCCAGCCAGUUUCAGGAUCUGGUGAGCCAGUGGCUACUUCUUCACCCGCUCCAGCAGCCUCUAUAAUGGAAAGGAUCUCUGCUAGUAAGGGAUUAAUCUCUCCUAUGAUGGCCAGGCUGGCAGCAGCUGCACUCAAGCCCUCUGUGGCACUUGAAGCAGCAGGGAAUGGACAACCAGCACCUCCUGGACGGUUCAAUCCAGUCCAGGUGAAGCAGGAACCUGCAGAGGCCAUGGGACCCUCAUCUGCCACCAGCCAGGACCCCUUGCAGGAGCAGAGUUUGGACCUGAGUGUCAAAGAUCAUGGUAAUGAAUCAAAUGGCCACACAGUCUCGGCAAAUUCAUCUCUUUUAUCCUCGCUUAUGAAUAAGAUGUCCAAGACCAGUGCCAGCCUUGGCAACCUGCUGAGCAUUAAGACAGAAGGUGAAGGCAGCCAGGCUGGGGCUGGGGAGCCAACGCAGUACCUGGGCAAGGCAGUGAAGGCCCUGGUGCAGGAGAAGCUCUCUGAGCCAUGGAAGAUGUACCUGCGCCGGUUUGGCACCAAGGAUUUCUGUGAUGCCCAGUGUGACUUUCUGCACAAGGUGCAUUUCCACUGUGUGGUGGAGGAGUGUGGGGCCCUCUUCAGCACCCUGGAUGGAGCCAUCAAGCACGCCAAUUUUCACUUCCGAACUGAAGGUGGAACUGUGAAAAGCAACUCUGAGUCUCCUUUCUCGACUGCGACUGAGAGUAAGGCUUCCCUAGCCCCUUCAUCACCAUCUGCUGCUCCUGCCACCAUGGCCAGUGCUCCUGCCCUGGAUGUACCCACUCCAAACCCAGCUGCUCUGCCCUCUGCUCCCACACUACUUGCUUGGAAGCAGCUGGCUUCAACCAUACCCCAGAUGCCUCAGAUCCCAGCAUCAGUGCCUAACCUGGCAGCUUCACCCUUGGCAACGACUUCCUUGGAGAAUGCCAAGCCUCAGGUCAAACCUGGAUUUCUCCAGUUCCAGGAGAAUGAUCCCUGCUUGGCAACAGACUGCAAGUACGCCAACAAAUUCCACUUCCACUGUCUCUUUGGGAACUGCAAGUAUGUGUGCAAAACCUCUGGCAAAGCAGAAUCCCACUGCCUGGACCACAUCAACCCCAACAAUAACCUGGUGAAUGUGCGAGACCAGUUUGCUUACUACUCCCUGCAGUGUCUCUGUCCUAACCAGCACUGCGAGUUCCGGAUGCGGGGCCAUUACCACUGCUUGCGGCCCGGCUGCUGCUUCGUCACCAACAUCACCACCAAGCUGCCCUGGCACGUCAAGAAGCACGAGAAGGCUGAGAGGAGGGCAGCCAACGGCUUCAAGUACUUCACCAAGCGGGAGGAAUGUGGCAGACUGGGUUGCAAAUACAACCAGGUGAACAGCCACUUCCACUGCAUCCGAGAGGGCUGCCAGUUCUCCUUCCUGCUCAAGCACCAGAUGACAUCCCAUGCCAGGAAGCACAUGAGGAGGAUGCUGGGGAAGAACUUUGAUCGUGUUCCUACCCAGGUUAUUGGCCACACUCCAAGAAAUGAAAAUCUCCCCCAGGUUGGCAGCAUGGCACCCAGCCCAGCCUCAUCAGGAACCCCAGCUUCCUUUCAGGGACCCCCCAGCAUGAUGGACACUGAAACAGAGGAGUACAUGGAUUACACCGGCUGUAGCCCUGGGGGCAUCUCCUCUGAAUCCUCCAACAUGGACCGCAGCUGCUCCAGCACCCCCGUGGGCAAUGAAAGUACCUCAGCAGGCUGCCUGGUUCCUUCCACUGCUACUGCUGCUGCCGAUGAUGCAACCCACACUGCACCACAACCUCCAUCACCAUCUCUGCCUCCAUCUUUCUCACAAGCCCUGCUUAGGUCUCCCCUUCCCAGCCUGCCCUACCUCUUCUCUCCCUCGUGUCUCUCGUACUCGCUGCUCAGUGCCACUCUGGGAGCCAGCCGGGGCCUUGCCCUGCCUGCCGCCAGCACCGCUGGCUUCUCACCCGUCGCUGCCGCUCCAACUCCGGGCAAAAGUGACGUUCCCUUAGUGCAGGAUGCAGCAGGGAACACCAUCACCAUGCCAACAGCCUCGGGGGCCAAGAAGCGUUUCUGGAUUAUCGAGGACAUGUCCCCGUUUGGCAAGCGCCGCAAGACUGCGUCCUCGCGCAAGAUGCUGGAUGAGGGGAUGAUGCUGGAGGGGUUCCGGCGCUAUGACCUCUACGAGGACUGCAAGGACUCGAGCUGCCAGUUCUCUCUCAAGGUUACCCACUACCACUGCACACGGGAGAACUGCGGCUACAAGUUCUGCGGCCGUACCCACAUGUACAAGCACGCCCAGCACCACGACCGCGUCGACAACCUGGUGUUGGAUGAUUUCAAGCGCUUCAAGUCUUCGCUGAGCUGCAACUUCCCAGACUGUCAGUUCUCUGGCAAUAGCACACACUUCCACUGCCUGCGCUGCGGCUUCCGCUGCACCGACAGCACGAAGGUGACGGCGCACCGCAAGCACCAUGGCAAGCAGGACGUGAUCAGCGCCGCCGGCUUCUGCCAGUUCAGCUCCAGUGUGGACUGCGAGGUGCCCGACUGCAAGUACAAGCUCAAGUGCUCCCACUUCCACUGCACGUACCCCGGCUGCAAGCACACGGUGGUGGGGAUGUCGCAGAUGGACUCUCACAAGCGCAAGCAUGAGAAGCAGGAGCGCGGGGAGCUGCCCGCCAUCUCCCCUGGCCCCGAGGGCCUUGCCCACCCCGCCCUCGAGUACGACAUCCAGAACUCUUCCAUCAGCCUGGACAGUUCCCUGAACCUGAGUGCCGACACCAGCAGCUCGCUGCUGUUCCUGCAGAAUGCGGCGGGUGUCGGGCUGGGCGACUCGCUGGACCUGAGCAGGAAGGUGGCCGAGGGCAGCGAGCGCCCUGCACCGAGCGGAGCCGGCAGCAUGCCGCAGGACGGGCCUGCGGGGACAGCUGGCCCCACAGGCGAGGACGAGGAGGACUCCUCCCAGGAGGAUGAGGAGGACGACGAGGAGGAGAUGAAUGAAGAGGAAGAGGAGGACGAGGAGGAGGAUGACGAUGAUGAUGAGGAGGAGGAUGACGAGGAGGAAGACCUGAACACAGAUUCUGAAGAAUCGCUGCCAGACCCUGAAGGCCUGGCCACUAAAGAAGAUGGAGAACCAGAGGAGGGGGCUCCUUCCACAGACCGUGGCGAUGCUUCCAGGCCGCAGGGCGAGCCAGCCCUCGCUGCAGCUCCUGCCCCUGCCCCUGCUCCAGCCCCUGCUGCUGCCUCAGCCUCCAGCACUGCCCCAGCAGCUUCUCCUUAACCCCAGAGACAGCAGCGGCGGCGCUUUGGUUUGUCUCCUACACAGAAUUACUGAGAGGACCCCGUACGAGGCGAGAACAAAGAUGGGGAUGGCAAAUGAUAAACGAACUCGGUGCCACAAAUGAGAGAGAGGAAGGAAGGAAAGCCCUGCUCCUCCCCAGGCCCCAGCAGAGAUGGGCUGGCAGCAGGACUGGUGCUGCACACUCCAUUCAUCCCAGAGCCCAGAAGCAGGGCCAGCAUGCACCACUUGCUGUGGACACGAACCCUCAGGGUACCUGCUGCUCUGCCUUGCUCCCUGCACGGUGCGUGGGGCCUGUGCCCAUCUGGGGACCCUUCUAUAUGGGUGGGGCUCUAUCCCCCCAGUUUUCUUUCUGGGUUUUAUUUUUCCAUGUUUUCAGUUGUACGAUAAUAAUAAUAAUCUCCACUUCUUGGAGGGGGGUGGGUGGGAACAAGAGGUAAUGAAUUUUAGAAAUAUAUAUUUGUGUGUGUGUCUCUCUAUAUAUAAUGUAUACACACACACACAUAUAUAAAAUUAAAGGAAUUGGUGUCACAAAGACAAGUAGCUCAGCUUUUGCCAGUGGGAAGGAGGGGGUGAGGAGUGUGCUCUCUCUCUCCACCCUUUCCCCUUCUUUCUCCAGCAUUAAAUGGCAUCAGACAGCCAGGGUGGGAGUGGGUAUUUAUUGUCACAUAAAUGAGGAUGCAUUAAUGAAUGAGCAGGGGUGGGAAUGGGACACUCCUCUGCUCUUCCAGAUCCUUUUUACUGUUAAUGAUAAUAAUUUUGAAUGCUAUUUAUAUUGUAAAACUUUCUCAGUCUACACUUUCUCUGUAGGACACCUCUCCUCAUCCCUGCUGUACUGACUGCAGGGAUUUAGCUGAAGUAACCUGGGAAGAACACAGCAGGCAGUUUAAAGGGUCUGUCACACUGGAGGACUGGGGUUACUCUGCCAUGCAGUUCCAUCUCAUCCCAACCCCUCGGUGCUUCCUCUCUGCGGAGGGUGAGGCAUUUUUGUGGUGCUUCAGUAUCCCCAUCUCAGGAGGCUGUGAGCUGUGACUGCCCUUCCCCAGUGAGCACAGGGAGCACCCAGGAGCGUCCUGGUGACUAAAGCAGCCCUGAGAAAGGGCCCAGCUCUGCCCCAGGCAGGAGGACCAGGACAGUGACAGUGCCAGCCCUGGUGCCAGCCCUGGCGCAGACGCGCCGCUCUGUGAUGGGCACAGAUCUCAGGUGACUCUGCAGGGCACGCUGCAAGCGCCGGCGUGUCCUGCUCAGCUCUGGGCUGGGAGGGUCCCCCAGCCCUGCUGUGCAGCAGGACCUGCUGCCCAGAGCUGGGUUUUGCAGUCAGGCCCUGCUGCAGCUCUGGCCCAUCCUGCAGGGCUGAGGCUCGGGCACUGCUCAGCAGUUGCAGCUGCUCUGUGCUGGUAGCUGGCACCCCCAGCUCAGGCUCUCCCUUCUCCCAGCCCUUCCAUGCUCCCUUUUCCUGGCCUGGCUGGGAACACACACUACAGGACUCUGUCCCGAUCCCGCAGGUGCCACUGGCGCUGUUGGACCCCAAAUCCUUGCCUGAGCCUGCAAGGCCUUGUCUACACACACCAGGGCACCAGAAGGACUAGUAUGAAUUAAUUCUGAGAGUUAUUUUGGUGCCAGUUUUAAAGUAUACCAGAUUAGUCUGAGCUUUGUCCUUUUGAAAAAAAAACAAAACUUUUUUUAUUUUAAUACCAUGCAGACACCCUCUCCCCUCCUCAGCUCCAUGAGCACUUCAGCUGUAAGGGAUCCCGAGGAUUUGUUUUCACCCUGAACAGAUAAAGGCCUCACGAAGUUUAGGGAGCUUUUUUUUUUUUUUUUUUUUUUUUUUUUGUUAUUUCCCUAAGGAACUGGUGCAGAUCAGGUCUGAUUUAUAAACAAGCAGCUCAGCUGUGUAAAUGUGGGGACAGAAUGUUCAGCUAAUGUUUCAAAAGGAAAGGAAAAAAAAAAGUUGUACAGUAUUUUUCCUGUAAAGGUUAUUACUAUAUAUAGAACAAAAGAGAAACCACCAAUGCCAAGGGGUGGAGGGGGAGGUGUCACCUGCCUUCUGGAUAGCCCUUACAUAUGGUUAAUUGCGUGCAAUUUUUUUUCUCCUUUUUUUUUUCUCUUUUUUCCCUUUUUUUUUUUUUUUUUUCCUUCUCUCUUUCGAUGUAGUGUAUGUUUGUAGGGGUGGAAGGGGAGGGGGGGCCUUAAUGCUGUGGUUUGAGGCUGUCUUCACACUCCCAGCACUGACCAGACCUGCACGAUUCCGAACUCUAACUUGAAUUUUGUAGAAAUGAAACAAAUGAAAACAAAUGAAAUAUUAUCACUAGUUUGUAGUUUAUUUAAUUCUUUGGAGUUCUUUUACUCUAUCUGCUAUUUGUGUGGCUUUUAUUUUUAUAGGGGUUUUUUUUGUUGUUUGUUUGUUUUGUUUUGUUUGGUAUAUCCCCUGCCCUUAGCUGUGUGUUUCCUAGCACAACCCCAUUCUUGAACAGAAUGAAAGCUCACAUUCCUGGGGCAGAGUGAUGGAGUGAUGCCCUGGAAUUUCUCAAAACAGGAUGGGGCAAAAAGAUUUGACUUUACUAGCAUUUGCUGCAGGUUCUGUACUUGUACAUUUUCCCUGUGUUCAGCUACUUAGAUAGUAUGGUGAUGGGCUCCAGGAGGAAUCCUUAGAUUAACACAAGCCACAUCUUGCAAAGCAGAUGUGAUUCUGUUGUAUGGCCAAAAUCAAGAGGAUGUGUCAGUGAGUGUGGGGCAGGAUUGAGCCCUGCUGGGGCACAUGGGGCUGGGGCUGCCAGAGGCCACCUGGGGCACUGGUGGCUGUUGGAGCUCUGCCUGGCACAUCUCAGCAGUCUGCAGGGCGCUGGGGAGGCAGAGUGUGAGGAAGGGCUCAGAGGUGUCCAGGGCUCUGCAGUCUGGCCAGGACCUCCUGGCAGAGCAGGACCCAGCCUGUCCCAUGUGCUGAGUGUGCCAGAAGGGCCCCAGUUUAUCUAUGCACACCAUGUUCUCCCCCCAGGCACCCAACUUCUCCUCAGCAUCUCAGCCCUUCUCCCAAAUUUCUGUCACCUCUGCUCUAGGAGCUGGCGCAGGAAUGAGAGUUCUUUGUCCCCAGGCUGCUGGAGAGGUGACCCCUGAGAGGGCCAGAGGCCCUGGCAGGACAGUGGCUCUGGCAGGACAGUGGCCCUGGGCAGCCUGAGCCCAUCCUUCUCCCAGUCCUGCCCCUCCGACUCUUACACUGUCUCUGUUUGCAACAACAACAAAAGAAAGUGGAACCUGACUUUUUAUUCUGCCAUGUUCAGGCUUUAAUUCAGCAAAACCCUUAAGCAGAUGAUGCUGAGUGGGCCCAGGUUUAAGCCCGAGCUUAAGAGCUUUUCUGAACAAGAGCCUCGAGAGCACAAGGACCCCCAGAGCAGGUUUGGCACUGUGGGUCAUCCCAGGCUCUCCCAUCAAUGGGGCUGCAGAAACAAUGACCAGAGAAAGAGAGGGAGAUUCAACUCUGUUAUGAGGGGAGAGAGGAGACAGGAAAUGGAACUGUUUUGUCCAAAAGAAGAUAAAAACCAAACAAUAAUGAACCUUGAGAUGGACCCUCCUGAUUCUGCUACCAUUCACUGCUGAAGAGCAAAAAAAUUAAAUAAAAACUUUUGACUAGAUUGUUCAUUCUAGCCACAAACUCAACUGGAUUAAAGUCUGUGUGGAAGGAAUUUUAUAAAGAAAAAAAAAUUCAAAAAAAAUUUCCAAUGUAGCAAAAAAAAAAAAACAACUUUAAAAAACAAAAAUAAAAAAAAGAUAAUGAGGGAGGAUUCUAGCCUUUUGUAAUAUCCAUAUUGCACACUAGGACUAUAAGCCAUUGCUAGCUCAUUUUGAAUUUUAAAUGUGUAAUUUUAUUUUGUUUUGUUGUUGUUUUUUUUCCAUGGGGGAGGGGGGGAAAUAAAUGCUUGAACCACCAAUGCUCUUUUUAAUGUUUUAUAAAUAUGUAUGUGUAUAUAUAUAAAUAUAAAAAUAAUAUGUAUGCACAUAUAUAUGUGUGUGUGUAUAUAUCUAUAUGUAUAUACAUAUAUAUAGAUAUAUAGAUAUAUAUAUAGGUUUUGAGACAAAAAUGCAGAAAGUGAAAAAAAACACCCUAAACAGGAUGGUGUGCUCUGAUUUACUUGAAUCUGGUCUCUUCAGCACCUGCGUUAUUAAGAACUGAAUAUUUUUCCACUUGAAUUUAGUGCUAUUAGAAAUUUAAUAUAUGUGUUUUAUUUAUUUGAUUUUUUUUUGCAUGACUGAUGCAAGGUUUGACAUUUUCACUCAAUAAAAACUGGAAAAAAAACCCCAAA